AUUUUACAUCAAAUUAUCCGCCAACCGACUUUCAUCAUUCUUGAGCUUCGUCAAUGCUACCUAGACCCGUGGAUCAUGGUUCCUAAUGCGGAGUAUAUGACAUACUAUAGUCAGUUCAGGCACCGUCUCGCUUGGCAAUCAAUUACGAUCUUGGGUGGUAUUCCUAGUGUUGAAUAGUGUUGCGACGUGACGAAAAUAUUCGAACGAUCGUGACGGAACCAAGGUCACAUUUCCGUCUUCACGAUGGAAGUCCAUUCUAGACAUGAACCAGGGUAGUUCGCUCUAUUUCUACCGAAAUCAGCUUUCUUGGUAUUCGUAUAUCAUUUGCUAUGUUCCCAGUUUGUGAUUUACAAUGUGAACGCAGUUCCUCUAGCCUAGCAGUCCUAGGUGUUUGCAUGACGCGUCUUCUUGGCUUCUGCCAAACAUGCGUUUCCCAUCUUUGAAAUGUCAAUUGCUGGCGGCGGCGAUUGGAUUCGCGCCAUUCACAGCCGGUCUCGGACAGCAACAGAUAAUCAGCUUCACUAACAGCGAAGGUGCUUUUCAAGUAGCUGGUCCAAUCGCCCAGCCCCAGAUUCUCAUUUCGAGUAAUGAUUAUUGGGGGGUUAUCCGUGCUGCAGGUGAUCUCGCGAAAGACUUUGGACGAGUGACCGGAACCAACUUCACAUUAAGUAAUGGAGAAGCGGGAGCCAAGCCAGCAACAUAUGAAUAUAGACCUAUAACACGGAAUUAUACUCAUUAUGAGGUUAAUGAAACGCAAUAUUUCCAAGGCCCUGAAUAUACUGAUCCGUCGGCCGAGAACACUGUCAUAAUAGCAGGCACAAUAGGACACUCUAAGGUUAUUGAUGAUCUUGUUAGCGCUGGAAAAUUGAACAUCUCGGAUAUCGAAGGAAAAUGGGAAUCUUUCACAACUAAAAUUAUCGAAGAUCCUGUAAAUGGAACCUCGAAAGCCGUGGUUAUAGCAGGCAGCGAUCCCCGUGGAACUAUCUUCGGCAUUUAUGACAUCAGCGAACAGAUCGGCGUUAGUCCGUGGUAUUGGUGGGCAGAUGUCCCUAUCAAGCAGUCCAAGGAGAUCUACGUGUUACCGGACAGCAAAGUACAAGGAUCUCCUUCAGUCAAGUAUCGUGGCUUUUUCAUCAACGAUGAACAGCCUGGAUUAUCAGGAUGGGUCAAAUGGAAUUAUCCCGAUACGCCUUACGGAGAUGGUUAUAAUAGCGACUUCUACUCGAACGUGUUCGAACUCCUACUUCGGUUACGCGCAAACUACUUGUGGCCGGCGUUGUGGGGAACAAUGUUCGAGAUCGACGACCCAGCGAGUCAACCGCUUGCAGAUGCAUGGGAAAUCGUGCUUGGAAGUUCGCACACAGAACCAAUGAUGCGUGCGCAAAACGAAUUUGGAACGUUUUACACCAACAAGGGACUUGGCCCCUGGGCAUACAAUCUAAACAAUAAGACAAUCGACGAGUACUUCGUAUAUGGCGCUGAGCGAGCGAAACCAUAUGCUCGCAACAGUCUAUGGACCAUGGGUAUGCGAGGGACCGGAGAUACCGCUAUUGAAGGCUUAGGUGUUGAAUUCAUUGUCCAAAUGCUUGAAACCCUUGUUGAACACCAGCGAAAUAUCAUCGAAGAUGUUUUGGACGUCAAGGCUAUUGAAGCUCCUCAACUUUGGUGCCUGUAUAAAGAGGUUAUGUCCUAUAUCCUUGAAGGCCUGACAAUUCCCGAGGAUAUAACUCUCUUAUGGGCCGAUGACAAUUGGGGUAAUUUGCGAAGAGUACCAAUUGACAAUGAAACGACACGAUCCGGAGGUGCUGGUGUUUACUACCAUUUCGAUUACGUCGGCGACACUAGAAAUUACAAGUGGAUAAACACAAUCCAACUGGAAAAGACCGCAGAACAAAUGCAACUUGCAUAUUCUCAUGGUGCUGAUCGAAUAUGGAUUGUCAAUGUUGGAGAUCUGAAGCCGCUAGAGAUUCCACUCACUCAUUUCUUGGAUAUGGCAUACGAUAUUAAACAAUGGGACGUGAACAAUGUCGGCAAUUGGACACUUGCUUGGGCGACUCGCGAAUUUGGUUCGGAAUUCGCCAAUUCUAUUACUGAAAUCAUGACACGUUUCGGUAUGUUCGCCGCGAGAAGGAAAUUCGAAUUGGUAGAACCCUACGUCUAUUCUGUUGUCAAUUAUAAUGAAGGAGAUGCAAUUCUAGGACAAUGGCAAGGCCUAGCCGACGAUGCACAAGCCAUCUAUGAGCAAUUGGAUGAAGCCCAUCAAGCAGCAUUUUUUGAGAUGGUUUUGCAUCCAAUUAUUGGUGGCCAGAUUAUUCAUAAGGUUCAUAUCAACGCCGAAAGAAACAUGGUAUAUGCGAACCAGCACAGAAACUCGGCGAAUGAUCUCAUUUCUCAAGUGCUGGCUACAUUCGAUGCCGAUGCAGAUCUUACGGUGAGGUGGGAUAGUAUCUUAGAUGGAAAAUGGAGGCAUAUGCUUGAUCAAACCCACUUCGGCUAUGAUGGUUAUUGGCAACAGCCGAUGCGAAAUGUUCUUCCGGCCAUGUCCUACGUCCAGAAAUCAGUCUCAUCGAUAGCAGGUAGCGUAGGAAUUGCUGUCGAAGGGCUCAACGCCAGUAUUCCAGGAGAUGAUAAGUAUCAUUCUAACUCCGGUAAUACUCUAGUACUUCCACCUUUGGAUCCGUACGGUCCUGUAGUACGCUGGUUUGAUGUUUUCUCCCGAGGCACACGAAAUUGUGAUUGGUCGGCUCAAACAGACCUACCUUGGGUGAAAUUAUCGCAAUACAACGGGACGGUUGGUCCUGAUAAUGGCACAGACACCAAAGUCUUCGUUUCGGUAGACUGGGAAAACGCACCGCAAGUUGCCAAUAACACGGUGGCCAAUAUCAACUUCUCAACUGGAUGUGGCCGCGAAGGAUUUUCAAAUUGGUUCGGUAAACCAAUUGUACAGCUUCCUAUCAACUUACGCUCAGUUCCAUCCAACUUCACUCAAGGAUUCGUUGAAUCAGAUAAGCACAUCGCUAUUGAAGGGCCGCACUAUCAACGCACCUAUACACCUUCUGAUGCCGCAUCAGAUUCGGAGAUAACUUACCACACACUAAAGAAUUAUGGGCGUACCCUCGGCGGCGUCACCUUAUGGCCACAAACUGCCCCACCUCAGACAACCAAGUCAGCUCCAGCCCUCGAAUAUGAUCUCUACCUCUUCACCAACAUCUCCAAAGCCAAUGUAACACUGUACCUUUCACCUACACAGAAUUACCUCUCCGACAAAACACCCCUCGAAUUCGCCGUAUCCCUCUUCCCAGCCGGCGCACCCCAAGCCGAACCACAAGUCGUCCAAUUUGUAGGCCAGAGCGUCGGCGCCGGUAUGCCACCCGGCUGGGGUCGUGCCGUCGCCGAUUCAAUCUGGGGUCUUGAUCCAAUCCACAAUACGACGACAACGUGGAAUGUAGCGCAGGAAGGCGCGUAUACGCUCCGAGUCUGGGGACUGGCGCCGAGUGUAAUAGUGCAGAAGAUUAUUGUGGAUUUAGGUGGUGUUAGACCGAGUUAUUUGGGCCCGCCGGAGAAUUUCCUCGUUGGUAGGGAUCAGGUGGGUGUGUAUAAACAGACUAGUUUUGCGGAUGGGGUUGGGGUUGAUGAAGUUGGGAAGGUUUGAAUGUAUGAUAUAUAAUUCGAUAUUGAGCUUGUAGGUUUGAAUAGUCUUAAUGCCGAUGGUUCUGUCAUAACUUACUCUUAUUUGGUAAAUAUUCGCUACUUAAACUUCAAU